GACCAAAAAUAGGAUCUUAAUAAAAUUAUUUACCCAUCCUCUUAAUGAAAUUUGACCAAAACGAUUACUUCAUCUUCAGAGAGAAUAUCUACAGGCUCUCUGUAGAAGAGCUCGAAUGAAUCCUUCUGGAGACAAAGGAGAAUAUUAAGUCUAUCACUUACAAUGUUGGUAAAAGAGUUGGCAAACUAGAGUACAUCAAAAUGCUUCUGGUUAUUUAUAAGAUAAAGUCAAAGGAAGUGGACUUACAGCUAUUCGAGGAUAUUUAUCAAAAACUCAUCUCUAAAGAGAAGGAUGAUAAUGAUCCUCUGUUCCCUGUUAAGUUCAAGGCUGAGUUUAUACUGAUCUUCUUCAAAAUGUUCAUGAACAACGGGUGCUACUCCAGGUGUGAAUCCCUCUUGGAAGCACAAAAAGAGCUCUAUGAGAGGAACAAAGAUAAUGAAUAUAUCGCUUUUUAUUACCACAGCACUUAUCUUUCAGCUACAUUGGAGUUUAUGACACUGAAAUCAUCCACGCCUGAGAAGCACUUCAAGAGAUACUACAGUGUAGAUGAAGAGUCUAAGACUGAGGAAAUAGUAUUCCCGGAGGAAGUCCAGAAUGAUCUCGAUUUCUUAAGGAAUAAACUUCUGUGCCAGUAUUAUCUGGAAACUGACAAGGACAAAGCAGUAGAGACCUAUGACGUCCUUCUUAGUAUCUGUGUCAACACAAAGUUAAUGUAUUAUAUGCAUGAAGCUUCAAAUCUCCUAUUUGCACUCUCGGAUAGCUUUUAUGAUGAGAUGAUACCACGAAGGAAAGUUCUACAGUCUCUCUUAGAGGCAGAGAUGAAGGAUCACCCAGAUAAAAAUAUGGCUUUUAGCAACAUCUAUUGCAACAUUUUCAAAAUUUAUGCUGCACUUGAGGAUAAGAGUAAAGAUGGGUUAACAAAGAUUGAAGAGAAUCUGACAGCAAUCUAUGAGCACAAUCGGAUGACUUCCUUCUUUGCUCUCCAUUAUGAUGUCUGUCUUUCAGUCCCUCUAUUCUCAAUAGAUCCAAAGUUUGUGAGUCAGGACAAGUUGUUCAUCAUCAAGAGAGAGUUAACAAAGUUGUCAAAGAUCUUGGAAAAUCCGAAUACAAAGCACGAGAUAAAUUAUUACAAGAUACCUACUUUCUGACUUGCUCUAAAGAUGCAGCAAACGAUAAAGACAGCUUUGGACUACAGGACGCUAUCACUGUAUGCGAAGGCACUUAGAGAUGAUAAGCUUUCGUACAUCUCUUUCAUUUCAUCAUUCGAGACGUUCCCUGCUCCAUUCAUGAAACCCUUGAUAGUGAAAGCAGUGCAGUACUGAUAUUUCUUAGGAAUCAGCAAAUUACAUAAAUUUAGGACGAACACCGAACUCCAAUUUAUGAACCUCCUGCUAGUCGUACCUGAAACAGAGGCCAUAAUGAAGGGAAAAGAUCUCCUCGAGACAAUGAUCGAUCAGUUCCAAAGGAGCAAGAACCACCGGAUCAAGGAGAAGCUCCUCGUUCUCUACCAGAUCGCAAUGAUUGUAGCCAACAGAGAGUCUGAUAAUGAAGGCUUUCUUAGUAAUGGGUUGAAAUAUUUAAAACUUGCUCCAAAGUACCUAGAAGAGAACAAUAGUGUCUGAGAUAUCUUUACAAAAGUGAUUGACUUCUGAGCAUCUCAGAGGAACAUCAAGUUAGCAAAAGAAGUUUCAGAGAACUUCUGAAAAUACACCUCAACCAAAGGAGAGAUGAACAAAGGCCACCACUUUGCUCUUUACAACAAAAGGAAGUUAGCAAUUCUGUCAAAGGACUACACAGAGGCUAAUAAGCUCAGCUUAAAGUUAACUCUUAUUUCUAAGAACGUAUUUGGAGAGAAAUCCCUGCAAUACCUGACAGCUCUAAGGGAAAUAUCCAAAGUACAUACUUCAACAGCCCAAUAUUUGGAAGGAUACAGAGUUCUUCAGAAGUGAUACGAUCUUUCCAAAGAGAUUUUUUGUACUGAGAAAACUCCUAAUAGUCCAGUCAUCUUGACAGAAAUGGCCCUUGCACAAUGCCAUAGAGGUAUCCUGGACGAUUCUGAGGAAGAAAAGGCUAGAACAGAUUCAAUGAGGACAGCUCUAUCCCAAGCAAAAGAGAUAGAAGAACAACUGACCUCAACUAGAUCAGAGAAUUACUCCAGAAUUUUGGAAGCAGAGUCUACCAUAAACACUCUAGAAGAUUUCGAAAAGGAGAAACAAAGAAGGUCUCAAAUGAAGCGACAGAAAAAGAUAGCUGGUGGGAUGUCUUUCCUUGGAGCUAUUGCAGUUGGAGCCAUGUAUUUAUUUAAAGGAGACUAAGCUCUUUAUCAGCGUGCUCAAAAAUUGCAUUAGACAUAUUAUAU